AUGGGGUUCAAGUGGAAGAAAUGUGGUUCCAAAAGAAAAUGUUUGAUUGAAAGGCCCGACAUUGUUAAUUGGAGGUUUAAGUAUUUGCGAGGGAUAAGAAAGCUAAGGGAACAAAAAAGGAAAAUUUUCUAUCUGGACGAAACUUGGAUAGACAGUAAUUUAACGUUCCAGAAAUGUUGGCAAAGUGUAGACGUCGAUGGUGUGUUACCUGAUAUGAACGCGUCAAACCGCGUGAUUGUCGUAGACAUUGGGUCAAACGAAGGGUUUUUGCAGGGGGGUCGGCUUAUUUAUAAGGCAAACAGUGCCAAAGGAGACUACCAUGGCCAAAUGAAUUUUUCCAACUUUGAAAAAUGGAUUAGGGAACGUGUAUUGCCAAAUUUACCGCCAAAUUCAGUCAUAGUCAUUGACAACGCUCCGUAUCAUGGAGAACAGGAAGACAAAGUCCCUAAUAAGUCUUCAACAAAGAAAGUAAUGGUUGAGUGGUUGUCAAAACACGGCGAAGACUAUGAACAAAAUACAACUAGGAAAGCAGAACUUUUUGAAGCCAUUGAAAGACUUAAACCACCACAAAAAGUUUACAAAAUUGAUAACUUGGUACGACAACAAGGCCACACCAUUUUAAGACUUCCGCCUUACAUGUGUGACUUAAAUACCAUAGAAUUUGUCUGGGCAAAAGUUAAACAACAUGUUCGAUCAAGAAACACAACAGGCCAGGACAACCCUCUCUCCCCUGCCGUUGAGCUCAACUCUCUAUUGACCAGGUUAGAGAACGUCACAUCACGGCUAGAGAAGACUGUUUCUUCUGGUGACUCACCUAAGACACUCACUCACUCCAAUUCUGCCACUCGUGAGUGUUAUCUUUCAUACAUGUGA